AUGGCACCACCAAUCACUUUCUUCCUCUCCAUUGGUGAGUCUCCAGGGUUAGGCCUGGGAACAGAGGGACAACAAGGCCAGAGCAAUCUCUGGAAAUCUGGUCUCUUCUCUUUCUCAGAUACCCUUCCCAGGCCUACUCUCUGGGCUCUGCCAAGUCCUGUGGUCUACAAUGGAACAAAUGUCACCUUCAGGUGCCAAGGCCCACUGAGGAGUGGAAGAUUCCAGCUGUGGAAGGAUGGAGAGCUCAGAGAUGAGAGAAAUGCAUCCAGGGAGCUGGCAGAGUUUGAGCUCAGGAAUGUGAAUGGCAUGACUGAUGCCAGAAACUACAGCUGCCGCUAUGGGCAGGGGCCCUUAUGGUCAGAUUUCAGUGAACCUCUGGCAUUGGUGGUGACAGGAUUCUUCCCCCAACCCCAAAUUUCAACCCACAUCCACCUUCAGGUAAACCCAGGGAGACAAGUGACCAUUCUUUGUAAAAAGUUACCCAGCAUUUUCUCUCAGGACUACAUUUUUGUCCUGCUGGAGGCAGAGAGCCUUAAGCCCCUGAAGAAAAAGAGUCCUACAGAGAACACGGUUUUCUUCACAUUUCCAUCUGUGAGGAUCCAGGAUUCUGGGAACUAUAGCUGUAUUUACUACAAGAAGACAGCCCCCUACAUAGGAUCAAAACCCAGCCAGGCCCUAAAGCUGACUGUACUUGGAAAACUCCCCAAGCCAACCCUGUGGACACAGUCUGGCCUUGUGGUGAUUCCAGGAACCAAUAUUACUUUCUGGUGCUCCAGACCCAAGCUGUCUUUCCUUAAAGAGGUGACUUUCACUCUAUGGCGUCCAUGGACCGGGAAGUACUUAAAUGAGCAGAGCUCAGGAGAACUCUGGACCAGCUUCCUCCUCCCUUCUGUCAGACCUGGGGAUACUGGGAGCUACAGAUGUACUUACAAGGAAAUGACAGCUUCUGCUAGAAAUUCAGAGAACAGCGAUGACCUGAAGUUGCUGGUGACAGGAUCUCUCCCCAAGCCCACCCUCUCAGCCCUCCCAGGCCUUGUGGUGGAACCUGGUACUCAUGUGACACUCCAGUGUGAGCAUCCUCCUUCUUAUUCUUCCCUCUGGGGAGUGACAUUCAUUCUGCUGAAAGUGGGGAUCUCUCAGCCCUUGCAGAGGCAGAGUCCAGGUGGAACCUCAGCUGAUUUUCUCCUUCUCUCUGUGAGGGCACAAGAUGCUGGCAGCUACAGCUGUGUCUACCAUGAGGAGAUGAUGACUCUAUCACAGGUGUCUGAGCCCAGUGAGGUCCUAGAGAUCUGGGUGACAGAUGCACUUCCCAAAGCUUCCCUCUCAGUCCGGCCUGUCCCAGAAAUAGCCUCAGGGGUCAAUGUGACCCUCCUAUGUCAGGGGCCCUCAAGAGGUACUGGGAUUGUUCUAUACAAGGAAGGAGGUAAGCAAAUCUUGCCAAGCAUGUAUACCACUCAAGAUGGAGCCCAGUUCUCCUUGACUCAUGUGACGCCCAAGCAUUCUGGCAAUUACAGUUGUGGCUACCAGCCUGGCACCGAAGGCAGUCUCUGGACACAACUCAGUGACCCCCUGGAGCUGAUAGUGAGAGAUCAUCUUCCCAAGCCCACCCUCUGGGCUGACCCGAGUCCUGUGGUUGCCAAAGGAGCAAAUGUAACCCUCCAAUGUCAGGGCCGCCUGGGAAGUGACAUAUACCAGCUAUGGAAAGAUGAGGAGCUCCAAGAUGAGAGAAAAGCCUCCAGGAAGCUAACAGAGUUCAUGCUCAGGAAUGUGGAUGAUGUGAUAGAUGCAAGAGACUACAGCUGCCGCUAUAGGCACGGACACUCUUGGUCAGAGCUCAGUGAUCCCCUGGCACUAGUGGUGUUGACAGAAGAAUUGCCCAAACCCUCCAUUUCAAGUCCAGAUGGAUCCACAGAAUCCCCAGGGGAAACAGCGACCAUCUAUUGCCAAAUGUCAGAAAUGACACCCUCCCACGAUUACAGUUUUGCCCUGCUGGAAGCAAAGAGCCUGGAGCCCUUGCAGAGAAAGAGCCUUGCGGGGACCAAAGCUGCUUUCUCACUUCCUGCCUUGAAGAAGGAGAACAGUGGGGAGUACAGCUGUAUUUACUAUAAGAGGACAACCCCCUACAGAGGAUCACAACCCAGCCAGACCCGGGAGCUGAGAGUGCUCGGAUUAUUUCCCAAACCCAUCCUGUGGGUCCAGUCUGGCCUCAUAGUGUUUCCAGGGACCAACAUCAGUUUCUGGUGCUCAAGACCCAAGCUAUAUUCCCUUGAAAAAGUGAUCUUCACUCUAUGGAAGGUUGAGACCCAGAAGUCCUUACAAGAGCAUAUCUCAGUAGAGCCCUGGACUCGAUUCGUCCUCUCUUCAGUGGAACCUAAGGACACUGGGAGCUACAGCUGUACUUACCGUCACUUGACAGACUCUGACAAAGGUUCAGAGUCCAGUGAUGCCUUGAAAUUGAUAGUGACAGGAUCUCUCCCCAAGCCUUCCCUCUUUGCCUUCCCAGACCUUGUAGUGAAGCCUGGUGUGCAUGUGACUCUGCAGUGCCGGCAACCUCUUCAGUCACCUCUCUGGGGGGUGACAUUUGCUCUGCUGAAGGUGGGGGCCCCUCAGCCCUUGCAGAGCCAGAGCCCAACGGGUACCUCAGCUGACUUUCUCCUCCUCUCUGUGAGGGCCCAGGAUGCUGGCAACUACAGCUGCAUCUACUCCUCUAGGACAGUUCCAUAUCAAGUGUCUGAGCCCAGUGAGGUCCUGGAGAUCUGGGUAACAGAUACACUCUACAAGGCUUCCCUCUCAGUCUGGCCUGACUCAGAGGUGGAAUCAGGGACCAAUGUGACCUUCCUGUGCCGGGGGCCUUCAUGGAGUACUAGGUUUGUCCUAUAUAAGGAGAGAGAGGAGAAAAUCUUGCUGACCAUGGAUACCACUCAAGAUGGGGCCCAGUGGUUCCUGAUUCAAGUGACUCCCCAAAAUUCUGGCAAUUACCGCUGCAGCUACCAGUCUGGCACCAAUGAAAGUCUCUGGGAACAAUCCAGUGACCCACUGGAACUUACAGUGAGAGCUUCAGUGCCCAGUACUACCCUCAUCAUCACUCUCAGCUGUGUCUCCUUCUUUAUCUUCUUCCUUCUCCUGCUGGCAUUCCUGUGCCACCGAUCUAUAUCUAUGGAUACAGAAGUAGCCAAAGGAAGACCAAGGGAAUCAUUGGUUCCCAUGACUGAAGACCUCCAGGGAGUAACCUAUACUCAGUUGAACAUAGGAGCCCUGAAUAAGAGGCAUAAAGACACCAAGAAGACACCCUCAGAGACCAUAGUCUAUGCUACUGUGUCCUUGGACUGA